GCCAUGUAGUACCAACGAUGAAAAUUUCUUCCACAGUUAACGUAACAAGUCUGGUUGUGAUACUGUUUUUGUAUAGUUUGUUGAAUAGUAACACUGGCGCCGAAUUAAAUAAAACAACAACCAAAGUCUCUAGACGAAAAUCAUUUGUAGCUGUAGUAUUUACAAGCAAUUUUACAACAUAUAACACGACAAGAAGCAGAAAAGGUCUAUGUCGAUGGUUAAAACAUUUGAAGCAUCAAGCUAGACUUUGCGCAAAAAGAAAAGGAUUAGCUGAAUUAUUAUUGGAAACUAAAAAAUUAACAAUCAACUCUUGUAAGCAACAAUUUCAGUUUGAGCAAUGGAACUGUUCGAAUACGAAGAAAUUUUUCAAGAAAGUCUACCGCGAGACAGCUUUUAUGUACUCACUGACCACUUCAGCAUUUAUGUAUUUAGUAGCCAGAGCCUGUGCCGAGGGAAAACUAUCUAAUUGUAAAUGUGCCAGCCAUGGAAAGUCUGACAACUCAUCCAAGUGGCAAUGGGGCGGAUGUGGCGACAAUACGAAAUUUGCGAAAACUUUUACCAAUAAAAUAUUCCAAUUGAAAAGAAAAGGUGAUACGCCGCGUAAUAUUUUAAAAUACGACAGCGAAAUUGGCAUGCAAGUCGUUAUGGAGAGUGAAGAGAAAAAAUGUAAAUGUCACGGUCUUUCAGGAUCCUGCACAAUGAAAAUAUGUUGGAAAAGACUCCGUCCAUUCGAAUUAAUAGCACAGGAACUGAAAAAUCGAUAUCACGGCGCCAUCCAGGUAGAUUCCGACAACAACAUUCACAUUCCCCAAAAAGAGGACGAUAACCAGAAGCUGGUAUACCUGGAAAAAAGUCCCAACUUUUGUCCUCUGACCGUGGGGCGGCGCUGUAAGAAUACAGAUAACUGCGCAACUUUAUGCUGCGGUAGAGGAUUUUCUACUAGCCUGGAGAAAGUAAAGGAAACUUGCAACUGCAGGUGGAGCAACGAGAGUCUUUAUCAGAUUUCAUGUCAGCAGUGCGAGAAAGAGGAAACUGUUUAUGUUUGCCAGUGAAUGAAAAUAUUUUCCUAAGCUUUCAUCGCGACUGCUAUGCAUUACAUAAAUGUGAUAUAUGUGUCGGCUAUACUUUAAUUU